UACAUACAUUUUUAAUGGUUAAUAUAAACAGUUGUUACAGGUGUAGUAACCGGAACGGGCCGGCCUUUAAAACCGUUUACAGAUGACCCUUGGUAGAUGCAUGUGGGGUUCUAGUGUUAAGACUAUUUCCGUAAAAUAAUAUCGCUCGACCCUUUUGAUCGCACGUGCAUGAUACACACGGAUUCCCGCCCGGCAUGCUCAAGUCUACAAAUACACACAUGCAUCCAACUCGAUCACACCCACACACCACGCAGCAACCGGAGCUAGCUACGUACCACACGCACGCACGCCUACGUGGCCAAUCCAUGGCGCUGCUGCAACGCCUGCUCGCCGUGCUCCUCCGCGUGCUUGUUGCCGGAGAGCAUGCCGCCGCCGCCGCCUCCACGUCGCCGGAGAACGCCGGUGGCGGCGGCGGCGAGGCGCGGUACGCCCGCGUCUUCUGCUUCGGCAACUCGCUGACUGACACCGGCAACAACGCCAUCCUCCCGGCCACCGCCGGCGGGCCCUCCAGCAGCCCGCCGUACGGGAUGACCUACUUCCACCGCCCCACCGGCCGCUCCUCCGACGGCCGCCUCGUCGUCGACUUCCUCGUGGAGGCGCUGAGGGUGCCGCAGCCGACGCCGUACCUCGCCGGCAAGACGGCGGCGGACUUCUUGCCCGGGACGAACUUCGCGGUGGCCGGCGCGACGGCGCUCGAGCCGGAGCUGCUCAGCAGCAGGGGCAUCGUGUCGGUGGUGACGGUGUCUAUGAGCAACCAGACGUUCUGGUUCGAGGAUGUCCUGCAGCUUCUUGCCACCUCCCCCGAUGGAAGGCGCAGGAUCUUGGAGACGUCGCUCUUCUUCUUCGGAGAGAUCGGAGUCAACGACUACUUCCUCGCCUUCGAGAGCAACUACACCGUCGAGCGGGCGGCGACCUUGGUGCCGGACAUCGUCGGCGCCAUCCGUUCGGCCGUGAUCGCCACCAUCGCCGCCGGAGCAAGAACGGUGGUGGUCACCGGGAUGAUACCGCUGGGCUGCGAGCCGUCGGUGCUCGCCCUGUCCGCGGGAGACGCCGCCGCCGGCGACUACGACCCGGAGACGGGAUGCGACUCCCGGUUCAACCACCUCGCCGAGCUGCACAACCGCGCGCUGAUCCGCAUGCUCCGGCAGCUCCGGCGCGCGUUCCCCGCCGUCGCCGUCCACUACGCCGACUACUACCGCCCCGUCACCGCCAUCGUCGCCUCUCCCGCCAAACACGGUUUCGGCGAGAGGCCGCUGGCGGCGUGCUGCGGCGGCGGCGGCGGCAACGCGUACAACUUCGACUUCGCGGCGUUCUGCGGCACGCCGGCGUCGACGGUGUGCGGCGACCCGUCCGAGUACGUGUCCUGGGACGGGACCCAUUACACGGAGGCGGCGAACAGGUUCGUGGCUCGCGCCAUGCUGAGGGGAGCUUCGCUGCCGCCCCUGUCCAUGGCGCUGUCGCGUUCAGGCGAGAAUGCGAUCGCCGGACCCGCGGCCACGUGACAGAAACCAGGGAGGCUGUGCAGUGAACUGUUUGGGUGACAAGCAUGACCGAAUAAAAAAAAACUUUAAAAAGGAGGGCUAAGCUAGUGUUAACUAUUUUUUAAAUUUAUACGUUAAUUUUGUAUAAUUUUAAAGGGAUUACGGACCUAGGCCUAGGGCUCCUGCCAUAACUGUCCUGGGCGUAGUACCGCCCCUGGUGACGCAGGGGCCUUCUCUAAUCCCUACUUUCGUAAAGAGAAGUAAAUUUUGGAGAAAAAUUAUAGCCACUAUGUGCUCCUAUCUGUUCGUAUUGUAAAAUAUUUUUGGUUAUC